AUGGGAAAAGUGGUGACUCCACUUCAGAUUAAGAACAAAUGGGAUCAUCUGAAAAAAGGGUGGAGGGAUUAUAACCAGUGUUUUGACAAUGAGACUGGGUUGGGUUAUGACCUGGGAACUAGGAUGCUUGAGGCCCUUGAUGAGUGGUGGACUCAAAAGAUUGUGGCAUGUCCCCUUGCAAAAACCUUUAAAAAUAAAGGUUUGUCGAAUCGUGACUACCUAAACAUCAUGUAUGGAGGCACGGUUGCAACGGGGAAAAAUGCGUUCUGCACGAGCUGUCAAUUACCAAAGGAAACCACCGAAGGUUCUGUGGACUCUGCUGAUAGCACAGAAUUUGUUGACCCCCAAUGUGAACCGUUUGUGAAUGUUGACGCAAUGGAGGUUGAUAGUCCAUCAUUGUCGAGGGCAGAACCAGCAGUGAGUAAGGGGAAAGGCUUGGCAACCAGUGUCCACCUUUACAAGCCAAUGUACAAGAAAUAA